CUAUUCGUACCCUGCUGUGCCUAUGUAAGAAGAUUUCCUUGCUUAUGUCCGAGGAAGGUGAAAUUAAUGGGUAAUUCAAGUAGCCCACUGAUUGUGCAGGGCUGGAGUAUAUACAGAUGUAGUCUAGUUCAAUACAGGACUGACACGAGCACUCUUAAAGAACCACAUAUCGUCCAACGAGACUUCUUCUGCUUCAUCUUCCUCCUUGGCAAUAGUCUCCAGGGGCCAGGCAAUACUCUGUGCGGGUUUUGGGAUCUCCUCGAGAAUCAAUCCGCACGGCUAGAAGGAUAUACAAGAUGGAUUGAUAUACAUGAGAAUAUACAUGCACACAUGCGUAUAUAUACAGAAAUUAUAUACAUAAGUACUAAAGUAAUGAUCAACAUCCUACAAAUGACUAAAUCUCCUUUCCAUUUUGUGUUCCCUUCCCCUUCCCCCUCCCCCGCCACCCUGAUAACCUACUCCGGCGGCAGGGGGGAGGGGAAGGGAAGGGAAGGGAAGGGAAGGGAAGGGAAGGUAUUGUAGUAUCAAAGCCGCAUGCCGAUCUGGUCUGGUCCAUCUGUCUGGGGAUGAGUAGUGAAC